UUUGAUCAAGGGUUAAACGCGCUUUGGACAAAGAUGUUCCUCAUCAAACUUUUGGUUAGGUACUGUCACGUCUUACAUGACCGUUCGCUUUGGAACUAUAUAAAUACGAAGAACUAAUCGAAAGUAAUAUAACAUCACUUUCCUAAGAUUCUGCCAGUCAUGUCGAUGACUUGUUUUUGCUUCGUUUGUCUUGUUUUGAUCAUGGCUUCGGAACUUACACAGGCAUCGCUGCCUAGUAACAUCGACGUAAGUACUUACGAAGAAGGGAAAAGGCAGUUCGAGUUGAUCAGACAUCAGUCACAGCUGCCUCAGUAUGGACAAUGUUGGAAGGAUGCAAUGGAUUUUAUUGACAGCGGCUGUAAACAGCUAUCGGACGAUAUGCAAGGAAGAUUGUCUCUGGCAUACCUUAACUGUUUUUUGCGCUUACAAGGUAGACAACUUUAUGAUUGCGAUCAAACAAAGUCUGUUGAAGAGUGCACAAGAGAUAUGGCUGAUGUGGAUCGUGGGUCGUUCACGACAUUCUUCACCCACACACAAAGUAUUUGCUACUUUCUGCAGGUACAGAUCUGGAACGAGGAGACAGAGACUACCAUUUCGCGAUUGGCAGAGACGUCUGCUCACGUAGCAUCUAAGAUCCAGCAGUCUUCUGUUCUCCAGAUGGAAAUGAUACGACAGCAAAACUUAACUCUGAAAAACCAGGAGAUUCUGAUGAAGAGUGCAACAAACCUGUCGCUCCAUCUUGCUACAUCAGCGCGGGAGAUGGAAGCGGCGUUUAGUAAUGUUCGCGAAGCUACUCAGGCACAGCGCAUACUCAUGGCAGAUAUGUUUGACCACUUAAUCAGUCUGAAGCAAGUAAUUCAUGGAGAGUUUUCUGGCUUCUAUGCAAUCCUCUAUUACUUCUUCUCCAUACUGGUAUCCUAUCUGUUAACAUCUACUGCCAGAACAUCUGGUGCUCGAUUUUGGCUGUUUGGCAUAAUGACAGCCAGUGCCAUUUGUGAAUACUCCAUACAGAUGUGGGCACCACAGUUUCUCACUUGGUGUUUGACAGAUUUUUCAGAAAUGGAUGACUGGGUUUACUGGUUACGCCAGAAAUGUCGGAAACUCUGUUUGUGGUGUGGUCUGGUGUUGCUUGGUUUCUUCGUGUAUAGAUAUGAAGAUAUCAACACUGCUAACCACAGGCUUUUGAUGGAGAUCAGGAAACAGAACUCAGAUCUCAAACACCUUUUGUCUGGUCGUCACUUUGGUAUACAGCCUCAGAUUAAACCAGGAGUAACAGAAAAUUUUGGAACCAUCACAGGUGAUCGUACUUUAGAUGAUGGUAGUGAUUUCAGCAGCACAGAAACUGCAUGUGGAAGUGUGGAAUCAGAUGAAACGUACAUACACCACGAAUCUGAAAUCACCACCUCAGAGUCAGACAGUUACACCACAGCACAGACACUGCAAGGUGAUGCUGUCGAUUCUAAUGCUGAAAUUAACUCAUUGCUGGAAGAACUAAAGGAGCUGAGGGGUGUCACAUCUUUGAGGGAGAUGUCAGGCCAUGUGGAACAGUGGGUGAUGACUGGAAGAUAUCCCCCUUCUUCAGCUGCCGUGUACAAUGGGCCAAAGCAUGAUGAGAGUAAUUUGCAUUUGAGUUCGCGGUAUCUGUUACGACCACGCCAAGUCAGGAUUAACCCUGCUGUUUCUCCAGCAGUAGAGGUUGAAUCGCCUCAUAGUUUUGCCAAGACAGUCAGGCAGCUGGAGAGGCUGGCAAAGCAGAACAGCAAGCUGGUCCGUGUUGUCACAGCAAAGAAAGCUCAGAUGUGUUAAUGGUUGAUAGAGAAAGAUAACAUGAACAUUGAGCACAUCACUAUGAUAAUGUGUAAACAGAGGGUGUCAGGGCUUAAUUAUACAGGAAAAGUGUAAUCAGUAGCACACACCUUGUAGAAUUAAAGUCUGAUCAGCUAAUCCUUGGAGGAAAGAUACUGUGAAUGUAUCCUAAUAAUAAUCAUAAUAUUAGUAAUAUAUAAAUUUGUAGAAUGCAUUUCCACAUGCAGAAGUAAGCGCAGUGUGCUGAGGGCAGAAAAGAUACUGUAAAAGUUUUGUCAUGAUAAGGAAUUCAAUCAGUACACUUCUUACUGCAAAGGCAGAAGGGAACGAAGAUCAUUUGGUCAGGACUCUAAAGCUCUGACAUCUCUAGAAAGGACAAGAAGAGCUGAUGACAGCUGGAAGGGGUUGUUAGAGAGGCUACCAAAGCAGAACAGCAAGCUGGUGCAUGUUGUCACAGCAAAGGAGUUAGAAAGUGUUAAUGCUGACAAGGAGAGAUGGUAUGAACCUUGGGCACAAGUCGCUAUAUGUGAAUGGAGGGUGCUAGAGCUCAGAAUGGUUCAGGAAUUGUGCAAGAUAUUUGAAUAAUUGCAUUUUUCAUCCUUUAUUUUGUUUUACAGCUAUUUUAGCCUUAGCUUUUACUCUGGCUUUGUUUGAGGUUAAUGGUUCUCCAGGUGUGCAACCUGUGUGAGAUGUUUGUGAUGAUUUUAACUGUGCCAUAUACAGUAUAAAAAUUGACUACAGCUUUAAUUAAAAUCAUGACAUAGUUGAAAUAUGUUUAAGGGAAUAGUUGAUGCUCAUUUUUUCCCAGCCCAUACAUUUAUAGUCAAAAUACAAGAUUUUUUAAAUGAAACCUUUCCCUACCACUUGGGAUUUUUGAGAUACAUUUUUUAUAUAAUUGUAUGAAACCAGUGGAUAGACUGAAAAUCAAGCAUGAUUUAAUUAAAUACAGGGAAUAAAAUAUAAAUGCUAUGGAAGAUAAAAAUGAUAUAGGUGUUGCAUGGGGUGGUUUUAUAGGGAGCAUGUUUGUCAUUAAAAACAUUUUUUCGUUUACAAAAAUGUGAAAAGUUUAAUUGUAAAUUUCAUGCUGAUGUGCCCUUUGUAUGAGAUUCUCUGCAAGAUCAACUUCAUUAUUAUCAAUAAAAUGUGUAACAACUUAGACAUCUGUCACCACAAAGAAAACAAAACUGUGUUCAAAGCCGUAUCAACAGUUGAAAGCUAGACAUGCACAAUAAAAUGUG